UUGGGCCUGGCGGAGGAAGACUACCAGGACGCCCUGGGCCCCGGUGGCCCCUACCUGCAGUUUUUCAGCUCUUCCAAGAGCAAGUCCAUCUUCUUCCUGUCGUGAGCUGGCAGGCCACGACCGGCGCUUCUUCCUGAAGACCCAGCAGCGCCGGGAGGUGCAGGUGCUGCUCACGCACCUGCCCCGCUACGUGCAGCACCUGCAGAGUCACCCCUAUACGCUGCUGGCGCGGCUGCUGGGAGUGCACAGUCUGCGGGUGGCCCAGGGAAAGAAGGAGUACUUCGUGGUCAUGCAGAGCGUCUUCUACCCCGCCGGCCGCCGCCUCCUGGAGCUGUAUGACAUCAAGGGCUGCGAGGUGGACCGGUGGGUGGAACCAGUCUCUGAGGGCGGCUCCAUCAUGGUGCUGAAGGACCUCAACUUCCAGGGCAAGACCAUCCACCUGGGGCCCCAGCGGACCUGGCUUCUCUACCAGAUGGAACUGGACACGGCCUUCCUCCGGGAGCUAAACGUGAUGGACUACAGCCUCCUGCUGGCCUUCCACCAGCACCAGGAUGGCGAGAGGCCCCAGGCCGGCAGCCUCCCCCAGACCUCCUCGACCAGAUUUGUGCAAGGGACACAGAACCUGGAGGAGGUGGCAGCGCAGAAUUACCAUUUGCUCUCCGGUCGCCCCCACGCCCCCAACAUUUUGGACGGGCCGGAGCAACGCUACUUCCUGGGCCUAGUGGAUCUUGCCACUGUGUACGGGCUCCGCAGGCGGCUGGAGUAUCUAUGGAAGUUGCUGUGGUACUCGGGACGGAAUUUCUCCACCGUCAAUCCCACUCGCUAUGCCCGUCGUCUCUGCCAGUGGGUGGAGGCGCACUCGGACUGAUCCCAGCCCCUCUCAGUUCUCCGCGUCGGGACAAUGGGCGCGCGCAGACUCCAGACUGCAGUUCCUGGCUCCGGCCUCCAGAGAGCAG